CAGCGGGAGGAUGAGGGUCAAAGGUCGGUAGUGGGAAGACAUUGGAAGAAAAUAAAUGACGAUACAGAAAGCAGUGGAGCGUCUAUUAAAUAAAGCCACCCACUCAUUGCACCCGAAAGCAUAAAUAUGACCAAAGUAAGAAGAAAGAGUAAUGAUGUGUUGGAGUGGAAGGAAAGUGGUACUAGUGUUUGAUGACAACACAGGGCCUUACGACUAACUAAUGCCCUAGAAAAGAGAAUACUCGUGGACUACGAUCACAGCUUAAGGACAGUGUACCGGUGACGGGCAUGGGUCAACACAUUGGGGCUUAUGGCGUUCAGGACACACUCAGGAGCGGGUUCAGCAGUGUAAAAAAUGAGCUGCUCCCCAGCCAUGCGCUGGAGCUGUCAGAAAAGAAUUUUCAGCUGAACCAGGACAAGAUGAACUUCUCCACCCUCAGAAACAUCCAGGGCCUCCACGCUCCCCUGAAACUGCAGAUGGAGUACAGGGCCGCCAGACAGAUCCAGCGCCUUCCGUUCCUGCAAAGCUCACACCUGGCCCUGGACACUCUCAAAGGGAACGAUGAGAGCAUCAGCUUUGAGGACAUCCUCAACGACCCAGCCCAAAGUGAGAUGGUGGGUGAGCCCCACAUCAUGGUGGAGUAUAAGCUGGGCCUGAUGUGAGAGCCGUCAGACCCCCGGAUGUUUGUGUUUACCCUCUGUUCACUUCCUCAUAUCAGACAGUACUCAAUACUUUCGUAUCGUUGGAUUCCUUUGUUUCUAAUAAAUCCUUUAACUCAACCAUGUUGUUGAUCUAUUA